AUGACUGCAGCUUCUCUACGGUUUCAGCCUACAAAGAGACCACAGCUGCCUGCGCAGAGACUUAAAGCGAAAUCCGGCAUUUCGAAGCCGCCUGUUGUCGCGGGGACGGCAGGCUCUGCUACACCAGACCAGGGCACUGCCAGUCCUGCUACGGCCGCCGGUCGACCGGCCGGCAAGUCGACGCUCGCGGACUGGGCGGCUACUGCGGACGAUGACGACGUCAAUGGGUACUAUGGAGGGGAGAAGAGACAGCGUGGGGGCCGGAAGAAGCGGAAGAAGAACUACGGGGCUGAGGUUGUUGUGCAGAAUUGGGAUGAUAUCUACGACCCGACACGACCCAACAGCUACGAGGCAUACAAACACAGCGAAGAGAAGAUACGGGAAGUCAGAGAAUGGAAGGACAGGCUGUAUGCGCAUCGGUUGGCACAACGGUAUAACAGUGAGCUGGAAAGUGAUGAUGAGUACUCGAAGCCGCAAAUGAACAGGCGAUUUGCUCCCCCUUCAUCCUUUGCGCCACCACCGAACUUGAAUGCACCGCCCGAGGAGUCGCCAGAGCCAGAGCUUACCUACUCAGAAGCCGUCCCACAGCCUGCAGUGGAAAUCCCUGAUGACUCAACCGGUGAAGAGGCGUAUGCGCGACGGUUGCGACUGAGCGCGAAUAUCAACCAGAGUGAACCACCGCCCCAGCCACCACAACCACCCUCUAUUGAGCAGAUACCUCCUCCAGCAGCCCAGGCUAGCCAACCUUACGGCGCGGUGACUAUAUCUCGUCCUCCGGUUCGAUACGCAUUACCUGACGCACCUGGAGACAUUCCUGCGACCGAGGCUGAACUAGAGGCGACGUUCGCCAACGAAAGGGAAGAGGCAGGCAAGGAAGGAGACGUGGAUGCCCCUCGCUCCCUUCGACCAGGGCAGAAAGGGUUUGCAGAGCGACUAUUGACUAAAUAUGGCUGGACAAAGGGCUCCGGGCUCGGAGCGAACGAGUCCGGCAUAGUCAACCCCCUUCAGGCCAAGGUACUGAAGCAGAAGAGGAAGCCGGACUCCGAAGGAGGGGGCCUUGUCACACCCGGCGGUGCAAGGGGUAAAAUCAUUGGUGGUGAUAGAAAACAGGAAGAGCAUGGGAAGUUUGGUCCCAUGUCUGACGUUGUCAUUUUGCACGGAAUGGUAGAUGGGCUAGACCUGGAUGCAGAACUGGAAUCGGGAGAGUUAAUGCAGGAGAUAGGGGAGGAGUGCGGUGAAAAGUAUGGUCGUGUUGAACGAGUGUAUAUCGAUCGAAACAGCAAAGACAAGAUCCCUGUCUUUAUAAAAUUCACUAAUCAACUCUCUGCCUUGCGAGCGGUUAAUGCGCUCGAGGGUCGAAUAUUCAAUGGCAAUACGAUAACGGCACGCUUCUUCGACAGUGAAAGAUUUGAAGAGGGAAGAUAUGAUGAAUGA